ACGAUGGUUAGGGGAAUUCCCAGUUUCACCAAAUUCUGUCUACUGGUAAAAGGUGAAGCCCUAAUCUUCCCUUAAGCCCCACCCCCUCCAGAACUACAACUCCCAGGAGGCUGUGCUCUGACCGCUCUUGGAUUUAAGUCAGAUUCUGGGCUCCGUUUAAACCAGCCUGUUGCAGAGUGCACUGGAGUGAGAGGAGCCAAGAGUCAGCAGGAGCUGCCAGGAGUUGGAGCCAGAGAAGGAAGGUUCCUGAGGCCAGGUUGAGGGAGGAAUCUGGAGCAGCAGCAACCACGGAGGUUGACAAGAUGCUGGUUAUCUUGGGACUGCUCACGUCUUUCCUCUCGAUCUUGUACUUGACAGCUCCGUCCAUCAGGAAGUUCUUUGCUGGUGGAGUUUGUACAACAGCUGUGCAGAUUCCUGGGAAGGUAGUAGUCGUCACAGGUGCCAACACCGGCAUUGGCAAGGAGACAGCCAGAGAGCUUGCUCGAAGAGGAGCACGAGUAUACAUUGCCUGUCGAGAUGUACUGAAGGGAGAGUCUGCCGCUAGUGAAAUUCGAGCAGAUACCCAGAACUCCCAGGUGCUGGUGCGGAAAUUGGAUCUAUCAGACACCAAAUCCAUCCGAGCCUUUGCUGAGGGCUUCCUGGCAGAGGAAAAGAAGCUCCAUAUUCUGAUCAACAAUGCAGGAGUGAUGUUGUAUCCAUACUCUAAGACAGCAGAUGGCUUUGAGAUGCACUUGGGAGUCAACCACCUGGGCCAUUUUCUUCUUACAUACCUGCUUUUGGGGCGAUUGAAGGAGUCUGCUCCUUCACGGGUGGUGAACCUAUCCUCGGUGGCCCACCUUGGUGGUAAGAUCCGUUUCCACGACCUCCACGGCGAGAAGUGCUACUGCAGUGGAUUUGCCUACUGCCACAGCAAGCUGGCCAAUGUGCUUUUCACUCGAGAGCUGGCCAAGCGGCUCCAAGGAACGGGGGUCACCGCCUAUGUGGUACACCCAGGUAUCGUCAUGUCUGAGAUCGUCAGGCACUCCUUCCUUAUUUGCUUGCUGUGGAGGCUUUUCUCACCCUUCUUCAAGUCCACCCGGCAGGGAGCUCAGACCAGCCUGCACUGCGCCCUGGCGGAAGGCCUGGAGCCCCUGAGCGGCAAGUACUUCAGUGACUGCAAGAGGACCUGGGUGUCCCCAAGGGCCCGGAAUAAGAAAACAGCUGAGCGCCUGUGGAAUGUCAGUUGUGAGCUUCUAGGAAUCCAGUGGGAAUAGUAGGCCGGAAGAACAUGGCCUUUUCAGGCUCAAUCCAUGCCGUGAUGAAAGGGGACACAAAGAAGGCUAGCCCCAAAGGAUUAUCCUCCGGGCCUGCUGCGGCUGUGACUCCUGCCUACUCAGAAUCUUCUAGAACACUUUAUACACAAGACCUUUUUGUGAGGCAGGGUCAUAGUACAGAGUGAUAUUCACACCGACAGACCAUUCUCCUGAAAGACGUAGAGAAUCCACAACUCUCUGGGUCAAGAGGUCUAUGUAGAUGCCAGGCUGGACAUGGGGGUGGUAGAGGAACCUAGGAAAUCAGGUCAGUUUCCUCACCAGCACCAUAAACACUAGCCUACAUGCUCCCAGGAGCACCAGCGUUGCACAUUUCUAUGAACUAUAGCCUCAAACUCUAGAUUGGCCUCUCUUCUCUUUGAAAUGAAACACAAGUCACGACCCUGAAGUCUGGAUCAACGCGGGAAGAAAUGGCUCACUUUGACCAAACUUCAUUUUGAGCAUCCUGGAGCCAUUGCAUGAAGCUGGGCCUUCCUGUUUUCCACCAUGUAUAUUUUCCCUCCCCACCCUACCCCCCCACCCCCACCUCAAACCAUUCUCUUUACCUCAAUUUUUAGAGAAAUAAAGAUUUGUGUUCA